GGCUCGCGGCGGCGCGCAUCUAAGACAGAGACUCGGCUGCGCGCGCAUCCCGCGGCAGGUCUGGAAGUGCGGAGAGGAGAGAGGGAGAGACACGGGAAACGCUGCUGCCGGAGCGGGGAAUGAUGGCGGCGAGCAAGAAGGAACAAGUUUGAUACUGUAAGAAAAAACUGGAAUCUUGAGCCAUCUUUCGGCGUCUGACUCGAUGAAGCAACUAGAUACUUCCCUGAGUUGAGAGACCAGUACUCCAAAAACCCUCCACAGGACCCCAUCAUGGCACCGGUUGCAUAAAGUCCUGUGUUAGUUCUCAAUAAAACAUUCCAGAAAGCUGACUUUAGGAUUGUGCUGCGGUCAUAAACAAGCAAGAAGAUGAUCAAAGCUGAAAGCAAAGGAGCAGAGAGGACCCUGAGAAGCGCUUCACCUCACAGAAAUGCAUACAAGUCUGACUUCCACUCCAUUAAGUGCUCCUUUGAUGGUCCAAAGUCUGAGGCUACGUCUAAAAAUGUUACGAAUGGAACCAGUGACACGCGGGAGGAGUCGAGGGGAAGGCCGUUUGGAACCAGAGUGAAUAAGAUCAAGAACAUCUUCCUACAAAUGGACGGGCAGCAACAGGAGUCCCAAGAAGGAAAACCAACUUUAAAGCCUGAUGUUCCCCUGACUUCUCCUACAAAGACACAAUUUCCAGUCACUGCUCACAGGGUUAGCUUCAACAGUGCCUCAAGCCCAGAAUCCCACAAUUUAGAUAAAAUGCCCAAGGGAGAAGAUGUUGAGAUUGACAAAGUGGCUUUGGCAGAGAAGUUUUCUGUGACCAGAAAACUAUUUGAAAGAGGCAUCAAAGAGCAGACUGUGACUGAAAAGCAGUCCCCAAACAGAGUAGUAAAUCGUUUGUCUUUUGGAAGUGCCUCUGAUGAAGGGAAAAGCACAAGGAGAGUGUCAGGAAGCAUGGAAAAUAAUGGUAAAAUGGAGCAAACUCAUGUAUCAACCGUUAAAAGUCUUUCAGAUGAGAUGGCUGAUGGUGAAAAAAGACAUGCGCCUAGAGUGUCAUUGAAUGCAGGGCCCAUAUCCAAGAGGUUGGAAAAUUAUAUGGUUGAGAAUGACACAGAAGACAACCACACAUCUGCUGGGAAGGAAGGAAUGGUCUCUACAAAACAACACAGUACAGCUCAACACAUACAGCCUACCUCUCUAACACGAGACAGCUUACACAAACCUACUUCUCCAGUCAAAGAAGCAGCUGACUCUGUAAAUAAUGUCACCAACAGAAAUAAAGACAACAAACCUGCAUCUUUGGGGUCAAGUUUUGGGACUAAACCUACAGGUACCAGUCUGGAAAGUAAAUCCGUUUCUUUGACAGCUGAUAACACUCACAAACUCCACUCACCAGAGGAGACAGCCCCAGUUAACCAUAGCUACAAGUCAUCUUCAUCAUCUGUUGACAGAUUUAGUCGGACAUCUGUUGGUGGGGAUGAAGCCAAACCACGUAGUCCUCCCCAGAGGCAUGAGAAACAAUCUUUGAUAUCAACUGGUGGAGCUCAGCAUGCAGACAAGGCCAAAUACCCUGAAAAAGCCAAGAGUAAAGAUGACAUGACUCUCGUCUCUACUGGGGAAAAACCACCCAGUCAGACUUCAUUCCCCGAAUCCAAAGUGGGGAGCACGGUGCGGGCUGAACUGGUUGUGGUUCAGAACGAGUCCUCAGAAAGUGAAGGUAAUGAAGAAGAAAACUUAGAAGACAGUGCAUUUGAAGAGCAGAAACACUACAGAGAACUAAAAAGAAGCUUUACAGCGGAUGAUCCGAGCUCUAACACAGCUCUUCUAAGAGGCACAGACGCUGUCGAUGAAGGGAGAAUACUGGAGGAUGAUUAUGAUUUUUAUGUAAAAGAAGAGAAGGAAAAAGGCACUUUUGUUUUCAGUCAAGACGGUGAAGAAGAUGAGGCAACGGAGGAAGAUGCUACACUAGAGAAGCAGGUGGAUAGAGCCUCUCCAGCAGUGUAUGGAAUUGAGAAUGCAGCAUUUGUGGAUGACAGAGAUGUAGACCAGGUCAUUGGGGAAGAAGAAGAAGAAGGGGAGGUGGAGGGAGAUGAGGAAGAUCAAACCUAUGGGGAAUAUGAUGACUGCUAUGAGACCCCUGGCCUCUCCGAUGAAGAUGAACCUCCCCCAAAGAGGAAAAUUAAGUUCUCCACAGAUCCUAUCUUGAUCUUCAGUACCUUCUCUAAUGAGGACUAUGAUCGACGAAAUGAUGACGUUGACCCUGUCGCAGCAUCUGCGGAGUAUGAACUGGAGAAAAGAGUGGAAAAGAUGGAUGUGUUUCCAGUGGAGAUUGAAAAAGGAGACAAUGGACUCGGUAUCAGCAUCAUAGGAAUGGGAGUGGGAGCUGACCAGGGUUUGGAAAAACUUGGCAUUUUUGUGAAAACGAUAACUGAGAAUGGAGCAGCUGAGAAAGAUGGACGGAUACAGGUGAAUGACCAGAUAGUAGAAGUGGAUGGCGUCAGUCUGGUGGGAGUAACUCAGCUGUUUGCUGCAACAGUCCUAAAGAACACCAAAGGCUCAGUGAGAUUCCUGAUUGGUCGAGAGAAGCCAGGAACGCAGAGUGAGGUAGCGCGCCUCAUAAGUGAGACACUAGAGCAGGAGAAGAACCAGCAGCAUCAUCUGGAGGAUCUUUAUGAACACUCUACGGAGGAGGAGGAGCGGUAUGAGGAGGACGAUGUGGUAGAAGAUAGGAUUCUGGGGUCCAAUUUCUCCCCAGGGAGGAAUGUAGAAGUGUUUGAGCUGCCUGAUUCAGAGGCCUUGUUCAUGCCAUCCAACAUGGACACCUCCCAAAUGGCCUUCAGGUUCAACGAACUGCAGGUUAAGCACAGCAUCGCAAUUGCCGAAAUAAAUCAACUAAAGAAAAAGCUAAAGAAAUCAGAGGAGGACAAACCAUUGUGGGAAGAGAGAGAAUCUGCACUGGAGCAAAAAAUUGAGGACAGCAAUGACAAACUCCUAAAGUUGGAGAAUUACUGGCUAGAAGCCCAGGCUGUGUGUAAGAGCGUGAAUGAACAAUUAGCUGAUACUCAGGUCCAGUACGAGGCGCUGGACAAGAGAUACAACAAGGCCAAGAAACUAAUCAAGGACUACCAGCAAAAAGAAAUCGAUUUUGUGAAGAAAGAGGAGGAACUAAAAAAGAGUCAAGAUGAAAAAGACAAGUGGUACAAGGAGCAGCUAGAGAGCCUACAGAAAAAGAUUGCUGACCUCGAGUCCAGAGGUGCUUCGGUUGAAGAAUACGAGAGCGGCCAGGAACCUGCUGCUGAAGAGAGACGAAGCAGCCGAGACUCUGUCACCAACACCCAGUCUGUUGACUCUCUGCUAGAGGAAGAUUGGAGCGAGUUUCCUGAAACCCAACGCUUGGACACAAGUGCUCAGAAAGCAAAGUGCCGGUUGGCUCAGAAGUCCAAACGUCAGGCUCCAUCUCGGAUCAAACUAAAGGAGAACCUUGGUUCUCAUCCUCAGGAAGCAGAAGAUGAUGAGCAGGAGGAGCAGGGAUCUAUCAGAAGGCGAAGGUCCAUCCAGGAGAGCCUGGCUCUCCCCGUCCCUGUCUGUUAUCCCACAAACGAACAGAAAGAUGAUCCAAGCGAGUCUAGAGACGCUUCCAAGAGUAAAGCAGAGCUUUCCAGCAGCCCAUCUUUGUCACCGUCUCAAGGAGACAGUACUGAAAGUUUUGGAAGUCCUCUUAUGUCCCCUCCAAAACACAGUUCCUCACCCCAAUCUCCCUCUGGUUUCCUGUAUAACGUUAAGAAGAGCGACUGUAAAACCAAGGGGAAAGAGCUCAAAGAGGAGCCAAGUGAAGCUUUAUCUGCAGCGAAACCUAAAAGACGAUUUCCAGACUUUGGGGGCCUCCGAAAAUCAGGUGGUAAAGGAAAAAAGCAUGACAAAGAGGCGUUGAGAGCAUCUUUGGACAGCAGGGGGUCCAGGGGGUCUUCAGACUUGCUCGAGGAAUCUGGAGGGAACUUGUCUCCUGCAGAGUCGAUGACCUCCAUCCCCACUUGUAUGCCGUUCUCGUGGUUUGGAGACAAAGAGAGGGACAGAGACAGAGAGCCCUCCUCGUCCAGCAGCAGCCUGCCUUACGCUACCAAUGAGACCAGCAGUGAGCAAAGCCAGGAUCGCAAAACCAAGAGUUUUUCACUCGUAGACGAUUCUAACCCUGCCAGUCCCAGUUCAGACAUCUCUGGGUUAGUCGCUGAACCCAAUCUGUCUGGGCGCUCGCACACUUUAAUCUUCUCUUCCAGCGAGACUUUGGAUGAUGAACCAGUGGCUGUAGGAAAGGAGUACCAGUGGCAGAAUCGACCAGUUUCUGAGUGGACCAAUCAGCAGGUCUGUCACUGGUUGAUGGGCAUGAAUAUGGACCAAUACACACCUGAUUUCACAGCUAAGGGCGUCGACGGCCAGCAGCUGCUGAACUUAGACAGUGACAAGUUGAAGGCGCUUGGUGUUUCAAGUCAAAGUGAUCGUUCAACUAUCAAGAAAAAGCUUAAGGACAUGAAAAAGGCCCAGGAGAAGCUGGAGAAACAGCGAGAAAAAAAGGAAAAGGAAGGUCGACGCAGCGCUAAACUGCCCGUUUCUAAUGACUCCGUCUGCUGAGGAAUCGGCUGCUGAGGAAUCAGCUGCUGAGGAAUCGGCUGCUGAGGAAUCGGCUGCUGUCAGAAUCAGCUGCUGUCAGAAUCAAGUCCUUCCAUGAAUUUCAACUGUUCCGAACUCAAAUCCCUUUUUUCCUGCAGCCUGUAUGUAAUUUGGUGGUUGGCCCCUCUUGGCCAGCUGGGAACUUCCUGUGUGAUGUUUUCAUGUUUUCCCUGUGCAGCUUUUCUUCAGGUGCAUCUACCCACAGUCCUGAGACACAAGUUAAACCAUUAUACAUUGGCCAUAGAGUGUAAAUGAUCUGUGUUGGACUGGGAACAGCUGAUAAAAGACGUUGUAAUGUCAACAAACAUAUCAAAUCUGUGACUGGAGUCUCCUCGUGCUGAGAUGUCUGUUGUGAUUUAUGUUCAUUCUGUAUGCUCGGUUUAUUUUGUCCACGUUUUCCUUCAGAUGAAUGAACUUCAGUUUUAGGAAUGUUAUAUUUGGUUUGUGACCAAAAUGAAUAUUCAGACAUUUUAACCACUAAAAAGCUAGAAUUUUCAAUUCUGCACACAAAAAAUGAUUUUAGUUCUUACAGAUCAUGCACACUUACCUAUAAAAGUAAUAUGUAAUCAGUUUUGUUUUUUUGUUUUUUUAAAUACACUUUGUAUGUUUGCUGACAUCUGAUUUUGUGUUGAGCUCUUGGUGGGAACAGUAAUUGUACAGUUCAGAUAAAAGCACUACGUUUGUCAUUUAAGCUCGAGUGGGUGACAAGGUUUUAAAUGUAUAAAGAAGUUUUAUACUUUAGUGUUAACUGCAUAUUUUAUAUCUAAAUUCCAUUGUACGUUUUAUACUCUGUUUUCUACUAAGUAGAAUAGCUAGGCCAUUAAUUUUCUGCUGAAAGAAAAGCGUGAAAAUGAUCAAGUAGGG